AGCCCGUGCCGUGCUGGACUCCUGCACCGGACGGCUUGGGGCCUCCAGGACCUUUCGGUCUUUACAGUUGACGCUCCUCUAAGCGCUCAGGUUGGCUCUGAGGGGAGGAGUCGUGGGACGGACUGUUGGACUCGUUUGCGGAGCAGGCUCCGGGACCCGAGAAACAGGCACACCGAGGCUGACGGGCUCAGGAGGCCCAGAUAGCGCUCCUGCGGCAGCCAGCAGGCGGCCAAAGCGCAGCCUUCGCUACCGCCUAGCUCGACCCCGCCCUGAGGCGGUGCUACCUUAAGCCCCGCCCCCGGGUGCACUUCCGCUCAGCGGAACUCCGGGCGUCGGGUGAGGUUCCCGGCGGAGCUAACCCGUGGUCUCGGGCGAAGCCCCAUGAGCACGGCGCCCCUGGUGGGCUACAGCAGCAGCGAUUCGGAGGAUGAGGCCAAAACCGCAGUCGCCAGGGGACGGACCAGACCGUGGUCUGGGGGACACUGCCGUGGCCAGAGCUCCCUUUCCAAUGAGAGGUUUCCAGUACCUGACAGUGUACUAAAUAUGUUCCCAGAUGACAAGCCUGAGGAUGACAGUGCAAAACAUGGGGGACGCGUGCGUACCUUUCCCCACGAGCGUGGCAACUGGGCCACCCAUGUCUAUGUACCAUAUGAAGCCAAGGAGGAGUUCCCGGACCUGCUUGAUGUGCUGCUGCCUCACGCCCAGACCUACGUGCCCCGGCUGGUAAGGAUGGAGGCGUUCCACCUCAGCCUGUCUCAGAGUGUGAUUCUGCGCCACCAUUGGAUCCUCCCUUUUGUGCAGGCUCUGAAAGACCGAGUAGCCUCCUUUGAAAGAUUCCUCUUUACUACUGACCGGGUAAAGAUUUAUACCAAUCAAGAGAAAACCAGGACCUUUGUUGGGCUUGAGGUCACCUCAGGGCAUGCUCAGUUCUUGGACCUGGUUUCAGAGGUAGACAGAGUGAUGGAGGAAUUUGACCUCACCACUUUCUACCAGGACCCUUCAUUCCACAUCAGUCUGGCAUGGUGCGUGGGUGACGCAUGUCUUCAGCUGGAAGGGCGGUGUCUGCAGGAACUACAGGAAAUCGUGGAUGAGUUUGAAGACUCCGAGAUGCUGUUGCGUGUACAGGCCAAGCAGGUCCGCUGCAAGUCUGGGAACAAGUUCUUCUCCAUGCCUCUGAAGUGAGCACCAGAAGCCUUCCUGUCCUGGCCCAUCUGCAGGGGGAGAUGGUGGCGGAGAAGGAGGGGUCUGCUGAAGUCCAAGGGGAUGCUCCCAGCCUCCCUCUUAGAGGCUCCAGUGUGUUACAGGUUGGAUGCUACUGUGUUGUGGUAAUGCCUAGAAGUUACCAGAAGAGGGCAUCCUGAGCUUCUCAGUUCUUACUCGGAGGUUAAGCAAAAAGGAAAAAUGAGGGUGGGGCGCCCCCUCACUCAGCCAGAAUCCCUUGUAGUCCCUCUUAAGAGCUGCCCUUCCCCCACUUCACUCUGCAGUGGUUUCUAUCUUGAUGUCAUCAGCUUCAUACCAGGGCUUUUAAAAUGUACCAUGCUCAUCCCUGUGAAGAAGAGAGAGGAGGUAUUAGAAGGGAUCCGUCAUCCUCCUUGAA